AUGAAGGUGUCUUUGGCCCCCUUCAAUGUUGUGAGAUAUGAGAUUGUUCGACAAUCUGUGCCAAAUAUCUUUGCCAUCAACUCAAUUGCAGUUCGAGCUUAUGAUGGAGGAAAUCCAGCCCUCUCAUCCUACAAUGUCUUCAGGGUGACUGUCAAUGGAAAUCUUCAAAGCCCAGUGUUUGUGGUGCCUGGUUCUGCUGCCAACUACAUCGCUAGUGUUGAGAUACUUGAACACAUUGGUUUCAACUACGACAUUCACACUGUCACUGUUACAGAUGGGGACCUUGGUGAUGCUGGCAAAGUGAGCUACUACCUAGUUGGUGACAAUCAAGCCCUGAUGUAUUACCAAGUGAUCACUGACUCUGGGAUUAUAAGGAUCCGCUCAUCACUACUUCAAGACAAUGUUCAGCAGUACACAUUGAAUAUUAUUGCUCGGGACGGUGACAUCAGUAACCCUAAAGUGUCUACAACUACAGCUACCGUCUCAGUCAGUGUGUACAGAAAUAAAUUCUCGCCACAGUUUAUCAAUAUGGCUGCUUACAAUCAAGUGAUUGAUGCCAACCUGCAAGUUGGGCAACGUGUAACAGCUGUAACAGCAACAGAUGCUGAUCGAGUGAACACUUAUGAAAGGGUGGAUUACCAGAUAAUUGGGGAUGGAGAUUCUUUUGGACUCUUUCAGAUAAAUUCUAAUACUGGUGAAAUCACACUAAAGAGCUCUUUAGCCAAUUAUGGAGCAAGUGUUUACUAUGUGAGAGUCCAAGCUAAUGACAAUGGUGUGGUCCCUCACAAGUUCAGUAACACAACAGUCUUGACCAUCACGGUCAACCAAAACCUGCGCACGCCUGUUUGGAAUGUUGUUGACCAAAACAACCCAGCUUUCACCUUUACAAUAUCAGAAGAUCAGUACCUGUAUUUUCCAUUUGGGUUCCUGUCUGCUACUGAUGGUGAUUCUCAGCCUCCACACAACCUUGUAGACUUCUACUACAGCCCAGCCUCUCAGUCUGCUCUUGAGUUUUUCCGUGUGACCAGAGAUGGCGAGAUGUCAGCAAUUAAGUCAUUGGUCGGAGCAACAAGCAACUCUUACACUUGGACCAUGGGACUGAGUGACAGGGGCACUCCUAUACGCAACAACUCUCGCCUGGCCACUGUGACAGUUUUAAUCACCAGGAACAACAACGCCCCCUACUUUACAAACUGCCCGCCUGCAACUGCCACAGUUGUUAGAGAAGACGCUGCUCUUGGCACCACAGUCCUCCGUGUCACAGCCUCUGACAAUGAUCCCCCUAGUUCUAGAUUUGGAAAUAUCACUGUGUCAUUGAUUGGGGAUGGAACCAGCAAUGUUUUUUUCCGCCUCAACUCUAAUAAUGAAAUAGUUGUAGAUGGAAACUUAGCAUCAACCAGCACCAGUAGUUACCAGAUUUUGGUCCAAGUUUCUGACCAGGGAAGUCCACCUAAACAGGCCCAGUGUGUCAUUCCUGUCAGCAUCAACCACAACUUGCAAGCACCUGUCUUCGGCAACACUAGUUACAGUGUGAGGAUCCUUGAAAACCUGCCACCAGCCUCUUCAGUGAUCAGGGUCAUUGCCACAGAUGCUGAUAUAUAUGCCCCAAACAAUGUGAUUGACUACAUCAUUACAUCAGGAGGAGAAUACUUCCAGGUUGAUCAAUCAACAGGGCUCAUCAGUGUCAAGGUCCCUGUCUACCUAGACACUGCAACAAGUUAUCAAGUAACACUGAUUGCAAGAGACAGAGGAACUCCUACAAGGCAGUCAGCUCCAUUCAAUGUUACAAUAACUCCACAAAGAAAUAGAUUUGCACCAAAAUGGCAGGCCACUCCCUGCAACUUUUAUCUGACCCUACCACUAACCAACAAUCAGUUGCUGAGAACUUUGACUGCAACAGAUGAUGACUUGCCACCUUUUAAUAAGUUGGAGUUUGAUCUUCUUCCCUACUCCAACACUCAACCAUUAUUCACUGCUGAGAUCAACAAUCAAAACUCUGUUAAUAUUAGAGUUCCCAAUGCAAAACUUAUCAACUUUGACACACUUCCACAAUAUUUUUUUUAUGCCAGAGUUCAUGACAAUGGGACUCCACGUCUCUCAGACAUUGCUGUUGUAAUAUUAAAUGUGCAUCAAAACUCAAAUGACUCGAGUUUCCCCACUACAACAAAGACUGACACUGCAGAUGAAGAUUCAACAUUGUCCAUGGGUGCUAAAGAUUAGAGCAGCUGAAGACAGCAAAAACUGCACAUUUACAGAAUAUGUGAGAAUCAUUGUAAAAUUUAAUUUUAAAUAUAUAAGAAAGCUUAUACAUAAGCAGAACUGGC